AAACUCCACCUCCAAAGAUGCACCAAAGCUUCUCUCUCUCUAAAAGGAAAUAAAGAAAUACUUUUUCUCUCUCUUAAAUCUUCAGCUUAAACAGUGUACGGUUGCUACUAUUUUGUGGGUUUCUGAUCAAUUUACAGAAAAAUUCUGAAAAAUGUGGGAAUUCCGACUACCCAUUAACGGGGUUUGAAUUACAAUGGUGUUUCUUGAUCUUUCUGUUUCAGGGGUUUUCUUGUUUUGGAGAAAAACAGGUUUUUCUUGAUCUUUUCAUGGCGUAAAUCGACAAUGUGAGGUGAGUUGCUGAAAUUCCUUCUGGGUUUGAUUUUUCAUCGAUGAUGGUGGCUGCCGUUUCUGAAACUACAACCAGAAAUCAAACAAGACCUCCAUUGUUGCCUUCGGAAAAAGAUAAUGGUAUCAGUAUCACUACCCCUAAUAAGUCAAUUAGACAUAAACCACGACAAGUUUCUUCAAGAUACCUUUCUCCUUCUCCUUCACCUUCAACUUCUUCAAAUUCAAUUUCAAUUUCAAAUUCAAAUUCAUCAUCUCUACCCACAUUACGGAGGUCGCCUUCCCCUUUAAUUUCAAGGAAUUCAACAACUCCGGCACCAAAACGGUCGGUUUCCGCUGACCGGAGACGACCCAUCAGGGCGGAUCUUACGCUGAAACCCAACAAUGCCGGUGGUGGCGCCGGAGAGGCGUUGUCGGCGGCUACUAAACUUCUGGUUACAUCUACGAGAAGUUUGUCUGUGUCGUUUCAAGGCGAAGCGUUUUCUCUACCGAUUAGUAAAACCAAAGUAACUCCACAAUCCCCAAAUUUAAAUACAGUAAGAAAGGGUACCCCUGAAAGAAAGAGAACUCCGACUCCCACCCCUAUGAGAACGACGGUUGACGGCGGCGGGGGAGAUCAUCUCGAGAACACUAAACCGAUAGAUCACCACCGGUGGCCUGGCAGAAUCCGGCAAGCAAACGUCACCGUUUUAUCGAAAAGUUUGAGCUUGGAUUGUGGUGUUGAAAAGAGCAAGAUAAAUUCUUCGGGGAAUGUAAUUAGACCUUCUUCACACCAAUCGAAUCUUGAUUUUGAACAUUCAAUCGAUCUUUUAAACCAUUUUCAACAAAACCCAGAUGGGAAUUCAUUCAAAGAUUCCGAUACAGAUAGCGUAUCAUCUGGUAGCACUUCAGGAAUUCAAGAAAAUCGUUCAAGAAUUGGACCUAGAGGGAUUAUCGUGUCACCAAAAUUUUGGCAAGAAACUAAUAGUCGAAUAAGGAGAUUACAAGAUCCAAGUUCACCACUUUCAACAAGCCCAAAAUCAAAACUCAUAACCCCACAAAAACUUUCAAUCUCUAAAAAAUUCUUGCCUGAAAGUAGUCCAUUAUCAUCACCACGAACAAUGGCUUCCCCAAAUAGAAUGCGCCCAUCAUCACCAAGUAAGUUUGUAGCAUCACCAAGAACACCUGGUUCAAAAAUUAGUAGUAAUUUUAGUGAGACACCAUCGGUGCUUAGUUUUGCUGUUGAUGUUCGAAGAGGGAAAGUAGGUGAAAAUCGGUUUUUUGAUGCACAUUUAUUGAGAAUGUUAUAUAAUCGGCAAUUGCAAUGGCGAUUUGUGAAUGCUAGAAGUGAAGAUAUAGUGUUGAAGCAGAAACAUAGUGUGGAGGAAAAUUUAUGGAAUGCGUGGAUUACAAUAUCGGAUUUACGUGACUCCGUGACCAAAAAAAGACAUAGGUUGCAAUUAUUGAGACAAAAAUUGAAGUUAGCAUCUAUUCUUAAGGCACAAAUUAUUUUUCUUGAAGAUUGGGGAUAUUUAGAUAAAGACCAUUCAAUAUCAUUACUUGGAGCCAUUGAAGCUUUGAAAGCAAGCACACUUCGUCUUCCCGUUGGUGAGGGAGCAAGUGCUGACCUCCAAAACAUGAAAGAUGCCAUAAAUUCAGCACUCGAUCUUAUUCAAGCAAUGGGUUCAUCAACAAAAUCACUUUGUUUGCAGGUCGAAGAAGUGAAUGUUAUGGCGGCUGAGCUUGCAAAAGUGGCUGCAAAAGAGAGAGCUUUGCUUAGGGUUUGCAAAGAUUUCUUGUCAAUUUUAUCGACCCUCAAGGUGAAGGAUUGUAGUUUGAGAACACAUAUGUUGCAAACGUGUCGUGCGUGAAGUGAAGUUACUUUGACAAUCAUUACCCCUAACAUUACUUAAAGACUAUAAACGCAUUAAGUAAGUAGAUGAGUUUCCACUUUCCCCUUUUGUGGUUUAUUUUAAUUUUAAUUUUUUUUUAAUCUUUUGGUGGCGGAGGGGAAGAAACAGAGGUGUUGUUUGUGUCGUGUUUGUAUCUUCCAAAUCGAUGUAAAUGUAUAUAUGAACAUAUGAAAAUAUAUGU